AUGGCGGGCAUGAUGGGUGCCAGCUUGGGCACACCCAGUAUGCCACGGCAGAACGUGCCGAGUGUUCGACAGAACGUGCCGAGUGUUCGAGUGGCUGAAGGCCCGGCGGACACGAUGGCGGUGGAUGUCAUCGAAGAGGAGCCUGGAAAUGACCAGCAGGCUCAGCAACGUCAAUCCCAAGCCACCUCUCGCUCGUCGCGUGCGAGUGGCAACAGAAGGAGUGAGGCCUCAGGGAGGAGAAGUGACGCGUCGCGACAAACCAGGCCCUCGCAAACUCCCUCCGCAGCGGGUUCGCACACCUCGCGCACCUCGCGCGGGAGCGCCAUGUCAACAGGCUCCAACUUUUCGGGAAUGGGUGCAUCGGCCAAUAUGGAACCUGCCAACAUUUCACAGGCCUGGAACCUGCCAGAGGACGAGAUUAAUCCCCGGGAUUUGAGGAAGCUGAAGAAGAUCCUCGCGAUGUGCUGCUUAGGCACGAUGGUGAGCUUUGCCAUAGGGGCUUCUGGAGUGGGCUUUGACACCCCAAUGAGAGAAGCGUUGCUGGCAGGUGGCUUCGCAAUCGUUCCCAUGCUCAUUUGGUUGUCCUUCUGUCGCUGUUUGCCGUUCCUGGCCCCCCGUCCUCGACCCGCGGAAUAUCGGAUCUGGGCUCGUGCGCUCUUUAAGGACCUCGAGCAACCCAUGAAGUUCUCGUCCAUGAAGGUGAUUCGGAUCAAGGGCGAGAAACCCAUCUUGAAGUGCUUGGGCGAUGUGCAAGAUAUUCAGAAGGGCCUGGCGGUGUUGCGGAUUCAGUCUCAGUAUCCUUGGUUUGUUCGACCAGCAGCCGCUAGGAUCAUCGCUUUCAAAGACGUGUUGAAGCAAGGAGUCUGGUUCAACACCGGAGAAAGCCAUGAUGCCUUUGCGCUGUGCUGUUUGCGCUUGGGUGGUUGCCCAGCUGUUUCCGUGAAUGGCAAAUUCAUCAGCCGUGACUCCUUGGUGCAGAACGAGAAGAUCUUGAGUCUUGCAAUUCAGCACGUGGGUUCACGGGUUUCGGUGCCAGUGGUUUACCAACACCUUGACAGUUUCUACAACUUCAUUUCUGUUUGGAAGAUGCUGACCAUGUUCCUUCUUCCAGAACAGCGGAUCAUGUUCAGCCAGAAACCGCAGAGGCCAAAGAUCUUGGAGAGCAGCCAGGAUGCUCUUCAAGAGUUGCCUCACCUGCAGCCCAGCAGUUUGAAUGAGACCCCUCCAAAAGUUGAGAAUCAGAAGAUGGCCAAGUUGCAGCUCUUAUGUGAACUUCAAAGCCAACUAAAGAACUUGGCGUUGUUGAAAGAGUUCCAACUUGAUGCUCACCGAAAACGCGUGGCUGUGUUUAGCCCAAAGCAUGGCAAUGAGCACAGCAGCCCAACCAGCCCAAGCAGCCCCGUUGCAACUUGUGAGAUCUUAGCAAAGAUUGAAGAGGUAGAAUCAACCCUGCUCGUUGAGGACCCAAAACCGACAAAGGAAGGAGACCAAAACACACUAGAUGCAACUGUGGUCACUAGCAUGGAGAAGGUGCAGGAUCAGAAGACAAAGGCCAACCCAACAACAGAUGAAGAGGAUCCAGGAUGCGAAGCCAAGAACGUAAGCAAUGAACCACAGAGCAGCAAAGACACAAGCAAGGAUCCCCAGCCGACAGUCAAGAGGUUGAUUGUACCCCCUGGCCACGACGUGCCUAUCAAGCAGCACAUGACUGACAUCUUUGCCAAAGCCCGGCCAACAGCACUUCCACCACAUGGGCGAGCCUCAACCACCUUAGAUGUAAAAGCCAGCAUAUGGAUGAGCCAGCAGGAAUUGCAGAAGACAAAGAAGACAUGUCAGGUAGAGCCCACGAACAAUGCAGUCAAUGCAGAGCCAAAGGAUAUCCCGGUCAAGCCCUCAUCCUGGGGAACUACGCCUUGCAUCAGCCCAGACAUGCAGUGCCCCCCCAAGAAGAGAGGUCGCAAACCAAAAGGUGACAAGGUUGACGAUGAGAACAACAACAACAAGGAUAGCAAAGGUACUACGGCCAAAGCAAAAAUGCAGAGCAGCAAAGCAAACAAGUCAACGAAAUCAAAGACAGCAGCAGAAGCUUCCAGCAGCAGCGCAAAGACACCAUCUGCAAGGAUGCAUGAGUACCUUAAGGAGCAAAAGGGAAAGCGACUGAAGGCUGAGGAGGAAAACCACAAAGAGGAGGACAACAAUGAAGGUGAGGAGGAAGAGAAAAAAAUGGAAGCAACGCAUGGCCCCGAUGAUGCCGACCACUGCAAAGAACCCAGCAAAGGUCACAAGCGCAAGAAGGGAACCAAAAAGAGCCAGGUAGAUGAUGUUGACAAGGGCAGCAAGAACAAGAAAUCUAGCAAGAAAGCGCAGCAGAAGAAAGAUUGCAGUCCGAAGAAGGCAAAGAAGCAGCCAGCCAAGAACCGUCGCAAGGUUGCUGCUGCCAAGGAGCAAGACUUACCAGUUGCAGCCCUGGGCAAGGCAGAACAGAAGGCAGAGAGGAAGAAGAGAUACAGCAGGAAGUCAGCAGCCUACCACAGAGUAUACAAGAGCACAGCAGGAACAGUCGAAGAAAAAAAGGCUGCAGCCAAGAAGGCGUACGCUGAGACAGACUGA